AACUCCCAGCAAGCGAUUCGGUUUUAAACGUCAGGAGCGAGCGGGAGUGCGAACCUCGAAAUAUCUGCCAACGUUCCUACAAACCCGCUGCAGUAUUGAUUAAACACUCCUGUGGCCCCCAUGGCGACCGAUAUUGUUGGGCAGCUGGCCGACUCCCUGGCCCGGACCGGAGUGGAGGAGUGGGAGCUGAGCUACAAGGGCCAGGGCCGGAAGCUGGACAACGCCCAGUCCGUGGAGGAGAUAGUGAAAGAGAUCAAGGAGUUCCAGGGUCUGCAGGCCCUUCGUCUGGAGGGGAACACGAUCGGAGUGGAGGCGGCGCAGGCCAUCGCCAAGGCCCUCCAGACCAAGAGCCAGUUUAAGUGCUGCUACUGGAGUGAUAUGUUCACAGGCCGGCUGCGCUCUGAGAUCCCCCCUGCCCUGAACUCCCUGGGCGACGCCCUGGUGACGGCCGGCGCCCGGCUCAGCGUGCUGGACCUCAGCGACAACGCCUUCGGGCCGGACGGCGUCAAGGGCAUCGAGCGGCUGCUGAAGAGCCGCGCCUGCCACACGCUGCAGGAGCUGAAGCUCAACAACUGCGGCAUGGGCAUCGGCGGGGGCAAGAUUUUGGCAGCAGCUCUGACGGAGUGCCAUAAGAAGUCGAGUGCGUUGGGCGCCCCCCUCAGGCUGAAGGUGUUCAUCGCAGGCAGGAACCGGCUGGAGAACGACGGCGCCAGGGCCCUGGCCCAGGCCUUCCAGCUCAUGGGCAGCCUGGAGGAGGUCCACAUGCCCCAGAACGGCAUCAACCACCCGGGGGUGACGGCGCUGGCCACCGCCAUGCAGCACAACGCCGGCCUCCGCGUGCUCAACCUCAACGACAACACCUUCACCAAGAGGGGCGCCAUCGCCAUGGCCCAGGCCCUGAAACACCUACGCAGCGUCCAGGUGAUCAACUUCGGGGACUGUCUGGUGCGGUCGGAGGGGGCCAUCGCCAUCGCAGAAACCGUGUCAGAAGGACUCCCUAUCCUCAAGGAGCUGAACCUGUCGUUUGGGGAGAUCACCGAGGAGGCCGCUCUGGCACUGGCCCACGCAGUGAAGAGCAAGACCCACCUGGAGAAGCUGGACCUCAACGGGAACGCUCUGGGGGUGGAAGGCUGCGAGGCGCUGAAGGAGGCCAUGCAGAGUAUGAAGAUAGGAGACCUGCUGGGCUCCCUCAGUGAUGACGAGGGUGAGCCAGAAGUCGACGACGAUGAUGAUGAUGAUGACGAUGAGGAGACGGAUGAAGAAGGUGUAGAGGAGGAGGAGGAGGAGGAAGAGGAAGAUGGGGAGGAAGAAGAUGACCAAGAGGAUGAGGAGGAGGAGGAGGAGGAGGAGGAGGAAGAGGAGGAUGAAAGCCCUGGAGUAAAGGUCUCCACCCCGGCCUCGGCCCCGCGCCCCCCUGACGUGUCGUCCUUCCUCAGCUUCCCCUCGCCGGACAAGCUGCUCAAACUAGGGGCCAAGAGGGCUCUACUCAUCGAGGAGCAGGUGGACCUCUCCGACGCCAUGAAGACGGCCCGCGCCUUCCUCACCAUCUCCUCCGUCUACAAGGAGGAGAACGAGGAGCUGAAGACGGCCGUCCUGGACAGCAUCGACGGCGUCCUGAGGAAGGCCUUCUCCAGCCCCUCCUUCCAGGGCUACGACUUCGUCUCGUGUCUGCUGGUGCUGCUGGGGCUCAUUAAGAGCGAGGACAAGGUGAAGCCGGUGCGGGUGGUCCCGGGCCAGCUGGAGGCCCUGGAGCACGUGGUGCGUCAGGACUACUUCCCCCGGGAGAGCGUGGCCGUGCUGGAGGCCUUCAUGUCCCGGUAAGGGCCGGACCGGGUCUGACAUGAGGCCGGGCCCCACCAAGCAACAGCAAGGCCCUGGAGCCGGUGGACGGGGCCCGCAGCGGGCUGCAGACCACCCUGCAGGGCCUCCAGGGGGG